AUACUAAGACGAGUCCUCCCGUGGGAGCCCCACGAUACAUGUAAACACUGAGCUGUAAACAUACCAGUCUGAUCGAAGAGAAAAGAAAAAUACUUCGAACUGUUUCUUAUCUUUUGCUGGAAAAUUGUACAUUGAAAAAGGAUCCGAAGAUGUCCUCGGUGAAAACGAUGAAACAUUUUGAAAGAGGGACGAGGCUUGUCCUGAACAGACUAAAAUCGAACCGUUUUCUACAUAAUGGAUGUCGAAAGAAACAGUGUCAUUUUAAACCAGUCAGCAUCAGAUGUUUCAGUUCAUCAGCAGUUUUAAAUAAUGUAUACACUUCCAAUCUCGGAGACCUUCAGCUAGAUCAGAAGCCACUGGGACAGUUUAUGUUGGAGAAAUUCGAAAAAUUCGGCGAUCGAGUAGCUCUGGUGGAUUUUCCAACAGAUAGAAAAUACACCUACAGUCAACUAAGGGGAUGUGUAGUGAAAGUGGCCAGUGCACUGACGAGGUUAGGAUAUAAGAAAGGUGACGUCAUAUCUAUCCACAGUGUCAAUAUCCCAGAAUUCACUAUCCUCUUACUGGCUGCAGCUUCAGCAGGGAUAAUUGUCACAACUUCAAACCCAGCAUAUACGGCAGGCGAGCUUUCUCGACAGCUAGAACAUGCCAAUGCAAAGGCUGUGUUUACUAUUCCACAGCUGGUGCCUGUUGUCAAGGAUGCCAUUGAUAGCUCUGAUUCCCUGCAAUCGCUGAAAAAUAGCAUCACUGUGUUUGGGGAGAGUGAGGGAUGUAGGCCAUUUGCUAACCUUAUGCAAGACGAUGGAAAAGCUUUCCCAGAAAACAUUGUCAUUGAUCCCCUGGAGGAUGUGUGUGUUCUCCCAUACUCUAGUGGCACCACGGGGCUCCCCAAGGGAGUCAUGUUAACCCACGAUAACCUUGUUGCCAACCUGCAGCAAUUCAGACAAAUUCUGAAUGUAAGCGAGGAUGACACAGCCCUGGGUAUUCUCCCCUUCUUUCAUAUUUACGGAAUGUGUCCAGUAAUGAUGGGAGUCCUGGUAGAUGGAGGGAAACUUGUGACCUUGCCAAAGUUUGACCCUGAGCAGUUUCUCAAGGCUCUAGAGGCUCAGAAGGUAACACAGCUUCAUAUCGUGCCCCCCAUUGUAUUGUUCCUGGGAAAACACCCAAUGGUUUCCAAGUUUGAUCUUAGUAACCUGAAUACCAUGACAUCCGGAGCAGCACCCCUGGGUGAAGGUCUUACACACGAGGUCAUGAAGAGACUGAACGCUGUCAUCAGACAAGGGUAUGGCCUGACAGAGACCAGUCCUGUCACCCAUCUUGAUGUCAUACCUCCAAACCCAGGGACCAUAGGCUGUGUUAUCCCCAACACACAGUGUAGGGUAGUGAAUCCAGAAACUGACGAGGACGUACCAGAAGGGGAGGUGGGAGAAAUCUGUGUGAAGGGACCUCAGGUAAUGAAGGGGUACCUCAACAACCAGAAAGCCACAGACGACAUGAUCAAAGAUGGCUGGCUACAUACAGGAGAUAUAGGGCAUUACGUGAAGGAGAAGGGAGUGUUUAUGAUAACAGACAGACUCAAGGAACUUAUAAAAUACAAAGGAAAUCAGGUGGCCCCAGCAGAACUAGAGGACCUACUUUUACAGCACCCCGCUGUACAGGAUGUGGCCGUGAUUGGACUUCCUGAUGAGGACGGAGGAGAAGUUCCCAUGGCUUACGUCGUCAAGAAACCAAACCAAGAGGCUUCAGCUCACGACAUUGCUGCCUUUGUUGAAGGCAAUGUUGCACCAUACAAAAAACUGCGAGGAGGAGUGGAGUUCAUCAACGAAAUCCCAAAGUCCCCCAGCGGAAAAAUUCUUCGAAGGAUUCUCAAAGAAUCCCUCCCAAAACCAACGUGAAUUUGAGGAUUUUAGCUAGAAGUUCUUAAUUUUAGCAUGAAGUUAUAAAUUUUACCAUAUCAUAAAGUGACAAAGUCAUUUAACAAGAUGUUCUGGCUGUGAUUAAUACAUUGUACAUGUGGCAGCAAAUCCUGGUUUUACACUAACUCAUUUUAUUUACUUCUAAAGAAAAGAUUUUAUAUAUGAUUGUACAUUUAAUAUAUAUAGUUAAUUUUACCUAACAUCUUGGAAUUAUUUUUAUGGGAACAGUAGUCCUUUUACUUGUAUGCAGCUGUAUUGCAAUAAAUUAUACAACCAAUAUA